CUUUAGAUAUUGAAAGAAAAAUACGUUUAAGAAAAUUGAUUGAGACAAGUAGAAGAAGAUGCCUACACUGGUUGUACCUCCAUUUCCCCCUUCUCCUAGAGAUGAUGCGAUGCAACUUUACCGUGCUUUCAAAGGAUUUGGCUGUGACACAAAUGCUGUGAUCAACAUUCUUGCUCAUCGAGAUGCGACACAGCGUGCCUACAUCCAACAAGAAUAUCGGACUACAUACUCGGAGGAGCUUUCAAAAAGCUUGGUUUCGAAGCUGAGCGGAAAGUUGGAGACUGCUGUUCUACUUUGGAUGCCUGACCAUGCAGGACGUGAUGUGGAAAUCAUCAGGAAGUCACUAGUUGUGGAUAGAAACCUUGAAGCUGCUACCGAAGUAAUCUGUUCGCGCACUCCAUCCCAACUACAAUAUCUAAAACAGUUAUACCAUUCAAAGUUUGGUGUUUAUCUCGAGCAUGAAGUGAAAUCAAACACUUCCGGGGAUCUUCAAAAGAUUUUGCUUGCAUAUGUAAGCACCCCUCGCCAUGAAGGUCCCGAGGUUAAUAGAGAAAUUGCUGAGAAGGAUGCAAAAGUUCUCUACAAAGCGGGUGAAAAGAAACUCGGAACUGAUGAAAAGACUUUUGUCCAAAUAUUCAGUGAAAGGAGUGCCGCACAUUUGGCUGCAAUCAGUUCUUAUUAUCAUGACAUGUAUGGUCACUCAUUGAAGAAGGCAGUAAGGAAUGAAGCUUCAGGGAAUUUCGGUAACGCACUUUUGACAAUAAUUCAGUGUGCUACUAAUCCAGGAAAGUAUUUUGCAAAGGUGUUGUAUAAGGCAAUGAAAGGUUUAGGGACUAAUGAUGAUACACUGAUAAGGGUAAUUAUAACAAGGACUGAGAUUGAUAUGGAAUAUAUCAAAGCUGAAUAUGCAAAGAAAUACAAAAAGACAUUGAAUGAUGCAGUUCACUCUGAAACAUCUGGCAACUACAGGACUUUUCUUCUUGCACUUUUGGGUCCCAAUCAUUAGUCAAAGAUGUUCAAUCAUGUUUCAUUUCGGGAUAUUUUAUAUCUUUUGUGCUUUGCAGUUUGUAAUGCAUUUGUAAGCAUUAUCAUGAACUUGCAUUCGAGUUUCAGUUAUGGAACUUGUGUAUUGUUGUCAGCAUAAUGCAUGUUUAGUAUGAUUCACACGUAAGAGGAGCAAGGGGCAGAGGAAUCGAGCUAUCGAGCACGGUUCAUAUAUACACAUGUGAUACCUUAACUAAAUUUCUGAUGCCUAUGAGUCAUAUUUUUUUC